CUUUAUCUUCCCUAUUUUAUGGUCCACAUCCUUCAAUUUAGUCUUCUGGUUUUAUGAUGAAUUUUAUUUUUUAAUUUUUACCCGAUUUUAAAAAUUUCUUCCACUUUAUUAUUUAAUAAUUUAAAAUGUGUAGUCUGCUUUUUAAAAUUUUUCUCCACUCCACUUUUACUAAAAAUUAACUAAACAAACUAUUAUAUGAUACAAAAAAAUAUGACCUUGAAGAAGAAAAAAGUAGAUGGGAGCUUUAUGUACCAGCAACCCUAUUUUAACUACGCUUCCAAGCGAGUUACACAUGACCCAUACAAGUCCACAAUGUGUAAAGAUCUCUCAGAUCACCUGAAUCUCCAAAAGAAAAUAGAUAAAAUUGACAAUUCCAUAAAGUCCAUGAAUAACUCACUGAUUAGUAGCAAAAAUUCCUUCUUAGGUGGAAAAAAUUUAAUUAAUAGUAAGUUAUCCUCAAAGUGUUUAUUAAAAGGGUUGGGGAACACAUUUGAAAGGAAUUAUCAUGAUUUUAAAAAGGCGCCAGUGAAGAAUCCAUUUUCAUUAUAUGGACUUAAACUGGAUACGCACAAGGUAAAUCCGAGAAGGAAGACAAACUCAGCACCACCAUUAAUAGAUUUUGAUGACCCAAGCCAAGAAUAUAAUUUACACUCUUCAGAAAACAAUAAAGUAAAUCGUGAAAUAUCCCAAUUCAAGUCAGAUUCUAUGCAAACAGAUAACAAUUAUGGUAAAAGUGGACUAGAAAGUGAAUCGGCAUACAAGAAAACCUCUUUGGAAUCAUCCAGAAGCUCUAGAACAGACUACAUUGACACGGCACGGCAAUCGAAAUCGGAUUUAGUGGACACUUCUAGGACCUAUAAAUCUGACUCAAUACAUAUAGAUACCAUAGCACCUUACAAAUACGGCUACGAGUCUAAAGGGAAGAUUGGAAUUGAGUUUAACCCAGUUAAUGAAGUUAUAGACAGACUUUAUUCACGAACCAAUAACGUGUUUUUUGUUAAAUCCCGCAAACACUUAUCAUCUAUGCGAGAAAGUACUUUGAACCCAAAUUAUGAUUCAACCACAUCAAAAUCAAGAGCACUCGAGACUAUUUUAAAGAACAAUCCUGGCCAAAUUUGUGAAGACCUCUUUGAAAGACUGGAAGCUAUAGUGUCAUCGGACUCUGGAGACCACAUUGAAGCCGACAUCAUUGGGUAUAAUAAUACACACAGGGAUAAAAGAGUGGACAGAGGUGGUUCAAUAUCCAGAAGAAGCACAACAGACCAAUUUUCAAAUUUCGAUGUUUACAUUGAGAACUUUCAGUCGAAUUCAAUAUCUUUUAGAAAUUAUCAAGACGGAAAUAACAUUAAGGGUUCAUAUCCAAUUAAUCAACUUCACCAUAGCACUGGUUCUGGUGUCAAUGACUAUGAGGAGAUCAGACUGGAUAUGACUCCUAACAAGUAUCUUGGUGUUUCUGAUGACGCCAUUCUGAAGGUCUCAACAGACUCAGCAUAUCGCGCAAUGGUGAAAAUUAAGAAUGAUCGGAAAGCAUUGAAGCCAUAUGACAUGAACGAUGAUUUUAUGAUAACAGACUCUGAGGAGUAUGCAGUUUUAAACACAGCUUUCGGCCACAUUAUAUACUCACCCAAGUUUCAAGAUGAUAAAUACAUGUACCGGUUUAUGGUUUUAACAAAUGAAGCACAGAGACAAGUUGAAAAAUUAUCUAAAACAUCUCCGAAAAAUGGGUUUAAUAUAGGAUUAUCGGCAGGCGGGAAGCGGCUUCUCACUUACCAUGAGAUUGUCCAUACCCUGGGAAUAAAAAUGUCUCCCGGCUGGCACCACUUCUUGUACUUCAAAAACACACAAAAGGAACUCAUCCUACGGAAACCACUAUAAUUUUUAAUAUUCUAAAAAU